AUGAAUGUGAAGCAGGUUGAUGAGUUAUGCAUAUAUUGCGCAAUUUGUUCUCAUAACAAUUCUUUUCUCAAUUACGUUUUAGAACAUGAUUUAUAUGAAGAUCUCUAUAAAACGAGUCUCGCUGAAAUAAUUCGUAUGACUCCAGUUUUUGACUCACAAAAUGUUGGUGCUGUUUUUCUUCUCUAUGAGAAAGAUAAAAAUAUAGUUUUUCCUUGGUGUGCAGCAUUUCCACAAACUUAUGAUAUUAUCAAAAAUGAUAUGAUAUUAAUUAAUACCGACACACGAUUUUCAAAGUCACCAUUACAUUAUGCAGCUAUAUUUAAUUGCGCUGAAAAUUGCAAACUUCUAUUAGAUAACUUGGUAGUAAAUCGUAUUGAUAUUAAUGAAACAGAUGGCAAUAGAAGAACUGCUCUAAAUUAUGCCGUUAAAUACGACUCAAAAGAAGUUGCUGAACUUCUCAUUUCCUAUGGUGCUGAUGUCAAUUUAUGUAAUAAGUAUUCUAACAUUUUGAUUGAUGCCAUAACAAAUGAAAAUAAAGAAAUGGUAGAUCUCCUGGUUUCAAAUGGUGCAGAUGUUAAUUUUAUUGGUGAUGAUGGACAUUUUCCUUUACAUCAAGCUGUGAAGGUUUGUUCCAGAGAAAUUAUCAAACUCCUUAUAGAACAUGGAGCAAAUGUCAGUGCUAUAUAUAAAAGUAAAGGUACUAUGAAAACAGCAAUUCAUUUUGCAGUAGAAAAUCUAAUAUCUGAAGAUAAUGACAAAGAUAUUAUUUCUAAACUAAAAGAAAUUAUUGAAUUUCUCAUAUCAAAUGGUGCUGAUAUUAAUGCAAAAGUUCGAAAUGGAACAACACCUCUUCAUAUUGCAGCUAAGAACCUUCAUAAAGAUGCUAUUGAGUUUCUUAUUUCCCAUGGUGCUGAUUUUAAUUCAUCUGAUGACUUCGGUAAGACAGCUUUUCAUUAUGCAGUAACAGAAAUUCUUAACACUUCCAGUUUUUGUAAACGCAUUAAUAAGUCGGAGGGAAUAAAAAUUCGUAAUAGUGUUGUUGAGAUUCAAAAUUAUGCAAUUGAUAAAAAUUAUCUGGAACUCAUUGAGUUUUUUGUGUCGCAUGGUGCUGAUGUCAAUGCCAAAGAUUGCAGUGGUAAAUCUGUACUUCAAAUUGCAAAAGAAAAUUAUCGUAACGAAAUUGUUCAAUUAUUGAUUGCACAUGGGCCAGAACAUUAUAAAAAUAAUUUAUAA